UCCUGGGGAAAAAAGGAGAUUCCAUUAAUUAAGUCUAUAAUUUUUAAAUGCAUUUUUAUGACUAAUCGUAUUUGCUUAUGCACAACACAGAUACAGAAUUCAUGAACCAGAGAUUAUUUUAACACAUACGCACAUAUGUGUUUGUGCUUUCAGUAUACAAGAUACAUCAUUGUAAUCAAAUUUUAAAUAACCUUUUAAAUUAUCUAUUUAUUAAUAAAUGAAGACUUGGGAAGAAGCAUUUGUCAUCUAUGGACAAGAGCAAAGCAGGUUCCCCCAGAAUGGAUGGUAAUUUUGUGUUGGGUAAAAUCAAUAAUUUAAAAGUAGAGCAAGAGGAAGACGGCAUUAACUGUACUCUAGAAAGAAUGGAUAUAAAGACAGAACAAGAUGAUUUCAAACAUGCGGACAGCAGUGAUGAACAGGAAGAUAAAGAAAAGAACUUUAUUACCAACAACCCUGGCAAAUAUUUAUCUACAGAAAAUGAAGAUGAUUAUGGAUCUCUUUUUUCUCAGUAUAGUAGUACGCUGUAUGAUGUAGCAAUGGAAGCUGUGACACAAAGCCUCCUUUCUAGCAGAAACAUAAGCUCCAGAAAAAAGUCACCUGCUUGGAACCAUUUUUUUAUAUCUCCUAGAGAUAGCACUAAAGCAAUAUGUAUGUACUGUAUGAAAGAAUUUAGCAGGGGUAAAAAUGAAAAGGACCUGAGUACAAGUUGUCUCAUGAGACAUGUGAGGAGAGCCCAUCCCACUGUACUAAUUCAAGAAAAUGGAAGUAUGCCAGGUAUAUCCUCCUUUUCUUCACCUACGUUGUUGCUGCCACCUCAGUCCGCAGAUGUUGGAGAUCUGAGUUCUAUGUUAUCCCCCAUAAAACUGGUCAAGAAAAUGGCUUCUAAAAUACCAUCUCCAGAUCGAAUAAUUGAGGAAUCUGUUUCUAUUGUUUCUUCUGAAGAAAUACCAGAUCUCUCAGUUUCUGAAAAGUGUAGCAAAGAAGAAGUCAUGGUUGGGUCAUCUCCGCAGCUACCCAACAACCAGUAUGAUGACACUGUGGAGAAUGUAGCAGAAAAAACUGUUGUUAUUCCAAAGAGCACAUCGGGUUCCAGAAGGAGAUCUGCUGUCUGGAAACACUUUUAUUUGUCGCCUCUAGAUAAUUCUAAAGCUGUUUGCAUCCACUGCAUGAAUGAAUUCAGUAGAGGAAAAAACGGAAAAGACCUGGGAACGAGUUGUUUAAUAAGACAUAUGUGGAGAGCCCAUCGUUCCAUUGUCCUGCAAGAGAAUGGGGGUGGUACCAGUAUACCACCUCUCUACACCGCACCUCCAACUCUGUUGCCUUCUUUACUACCCUCAGAUAGCGAUCUGAAUUCUAUGUCAUCCUCUCCUGGAAAACUAAUGAAAGAAUCAACUUCUGUUUCUUCGUCUCCAGACAGAAUCUCCGAGGAGAUCCAUACUAAUCUCUCUUCAGGAGAUGCUCUAGUGGAAGACUCAAUGCUGUCAUCUUCUGAUGAUAUAGGUGAAGUCUCCUUUGUUUCAUCUCCAGAGAAACAGUGUGAGGGAUUAGGUCCACUAAUAUUUGAACCUACUGCUGUAUUUCAGCAAAAUAAAAGGAUUAUGAAGAGGCUUAAAUCAGAAGUUUGGCAUCACUUUUCACUGUCACCUGCAGACAGUCUAAAAGCAGUAUGUAGAUACUGCAGUUGUAUGAUAAGUCGUGGUAAGAAAGGAGAUGUGGGCACAAGCUGCUUGAUGAGACAUCUGUAUAGACGCCAUCCCGAUGUAAUUGGAAACCAAAAGAGCUUUCUUGAUGUGAGUUUGGCAAAUUCUCCUUACGCCACUUUGGCUUCUGCAGAAUGUUCAUCCUCAAAGUUGACUGACUUGCCUACAAUGGCUACACAUGAUAAUCAAAUUAUAUUUCCUGUUAACAGUAAGAAGACCUCAAAACUGUGGAAUCACUUUUCAAUUUGUUCUGCAGAUUCAACAAAAGUAAUAUGUAUGCACUGUGGACGUACAAUAAGUAGGGGGAAAAAGCCAACGAAUCUAGGCACAAGUUGCCUUCUAAGACAUUUGCAGCGGUUUCAUAACAAUGUCUUGAAAACUGAUGUCUCAGAGACAGUAUUAUCCUCCUCUACGGAUAAUCACAUGCCACUGAGCACAGAAUUACUAGGAUCUUCAAAUUUUGAUGAAACCAAUGACAAGUUUUGUGACUCUCACCCAGUUGCCAAAAAAAUCACAAGUCUUGUAGCCGAAAUGAUUGCACUUGACCUUCAGCCAUAUUCUUUUGUAGACAACAUUGGCUUUAACAGGCUGCUUGAAUACUUGCAACCUCAGUAUUCUUUACCUUCCCCGUCUUACUUUUCUAGGACAGCAAUUCCAGAUAUGUAUGAUAAUGUAAAACAAAUAAUUAUUUCACAUCUUAAAGAAGCUGAAAGUGGAGUGAUACAUUUUACGUCCGGAAUAUGGAUGAGCAACCAAACACGAGAAUAUCUAACCCUCACAGCUCAUUGGGUAACAUUUGAGUCUUCAUUCCGACCGCAGUGUGAGGAUUACCAUUGUUCAGCACUAUUAAAUGUGUCGCAGAUCGAUUGUGACUACAAUGGAAUCAGUAUCCAAAAGCAGUUAGAGUAUUGGUGGGAAACUUGGAUUACUUCCAUUGGCCUUCAGAUCGGAAUUACUGUUACUGAUAAUCAGAGUAUAGAGAAAACUUUAAAUGAAGGUGAUCAUUCAAGUGUACAAUGUUUUAGUCACACUGUUAAUGUCAUUGUAAAUGAGGCUAUUAAAAGCCAGAGGAUGGUUCAGAAUUUGCUUAGUAUUGCAAGAAAGAUCUGUGAACGCGUCCAUCGGUCAGCAAAAGCAAAAGAGAAGUUAGCUGAGUUGCAAAAAGAGUAUGAGUUGCCUCAGCAUCAGCUAAUACAAGAUGUUCCAUCAAAGUGGAAUACAUCGUUUCAUAUGCUUGAACGUCUUAUCGAACAGAAAAGAGCAAUUGAUGAAAUGUCAAUAGAGUGCAGCUUUCGGGAGCUAAUAAGUUGCGACCAGUGGGAAGUGAUGCAGUCGGUGUGUCACGCUCUCAAACCUUUUGAAGCUGCAAGUAGGGAGAUGAGUACACACAUGUCUACUCUAAGCCAAGUGAUUCCAAUGAUUCAUAUACUUAACAGGAAAAUAGAAAUGCUAUUUGAGGAAACAAUGGGCAUAGAUACUAUGCUGAAAUCUUUGAAAGAAGCUAUGGUGAGUAGAUUGUCCUCCACGCUUCAUGAUCCAAGGUACAUUUUUGCUACGCUUCUGGAUCCCAGGUAUAAAACAUCCUUAUUUACAGAAGAGGAGGCUGAACAAUAUAAACAAGACUUAAUCAGGGAGCUGGAAAUAAUGAGUUCUACCUCAGAUGAUGAUAAACCUGUUUCCAAUGGAUGUGAUAUAGGUUCACCAUCUACAAAUUCAUAUGGGGAAGAUAAUCUUUGGUCACUCAUGGGUGACAUGAAGAAAACAAAAGACCUGAAAGAGAGAGCAAAGUUACCAGAGGAAAUGGUGCUUUCUUACUUGGAGGAAGAAGUGCUUGAGCAUAACUGUGAUCCUUUAACUUACUGGAACUUUAAGAAGUCAUCUUGGCCAGUACUGUCAAAAUUGGCUGUCAGGUUCUUGGGUUGUCCGCCAAGCAUUGUUCCUUCAGAGAGACUGUUCAAUACAUCCAAUGAAAGCAACAACUUUAGUCAGUCAAGGUUAAUGAUUGAACACUUUGAAAAGCUUAUCUUUUUGAAAGUGAAUCUUCCUUUAAUAUACUUCCAGUAUUGAAACUAAUGAACAAACUGCUAGACGAAAUCUAUUGUUGCUCACUGGAUAUUAACUAUCUAUAACUCGAAUUUUUAAAUUGCUCCAGUAGGGGCCAUGUAUGACAUCUAAUCAGUGACUAUAAUUCCAAAUUUUAGUUUCAUUUUUUUCAGCUUUCAAUAUGUCUACAUGUGCCUUAUUCAUAGUACUUCAGGCCAGAUAUUGUAUAUAUGUUUUUUAAAAGUUCACACUAGAGAUAGCCUGUCUUGUCAAAUUAUACAAAAUUAUGUAGGUUUUAAUUCAUAAUUGUAAAUGAACUUUUAAAAAGCUCAGUCAUUUGUUUUAAUAGAAUGGCAAAAAAAAAAAGAAAAAGAUGUAAACAGUUCUAUUCUGUAGUUUUUUAUUCAAUUAUUAUGUAAAAACCAUAAACCAGGUACUGUAUUUUAGUUGAACAUUGCUUUAAUUGCAACAAAACAGCUUUUGUAGUUGUCAGAAGAAAGCUGUACAUGAAAGACGGGGUUCACGCCGUCUUUUUGUCAUGUGGUGUUUUUAACUGCAAGCCCUAAAGUACUUAAAGGAUUAGGAAGAGUUGUUGAGGAAGAUGUGUUUACAGGAGACUAUUGACGUAGUAUCUGAAAACAAAUCUUAAAUUUGCAAUGAUAUGGAAUGUCAGUUAUACAGCAAUCGGUAGUAAAACUUCCCAUUCUGGGUUCUCCUGUUCAGGUUUUACAUUUUAACUGAACUACAGAAAUAUUCUGGGUAUUUAUAAAACUCUUUGGAAGUCUUAUCAAAGUUUGUGAAUUAAUGCUUGUUAUUUAAUGCCGUGUACAAAAAAAAAGGCAAGAAAUUUACCAUGAAGACUCUAAUGUCAUUCUAAAGCCUUUUCUAAUCUUUAGUGCAUCGAAACUAUAAGGUUCCCUAUUGUAAAAAUUGAGCCCUUACUCCUAAUGUAAUUUCAAUUGUGUAGAACAGCCUGUCUUAAAGCUCCUAGUACAGAAAUAACUGAUCUUCUGAUUUUCAGUAAUAGCCUUAUGGAUAUGGUGCACUGCUUAGAAUUUUACGUAGUAGGGUUGAUUCUUAACUGUUGGUGUCCAUCAGGCAAAUGGGAUAUAGAGCCCUCGAAACUUCAAAUAAGAUGGAAAAAAAUAGCCAGCAUUUUAAUUUGAAAGGAACAUUCUCCGUGGGUUUUUAACUCUAGAAAGAUUAAUCUUCUCAUUUCAGUUUUCAUUGAAUACUUUUUUGGGAAACAAGUCAUCAUUUGCCUAUGACCUUUUAGAAAAGUUGUAGCUUUGUUAAAAUACUGUACCUAUGCCUAAUCUAAUUUUGCAUUUACUAUGUUUUAGUGUAUUUAUAAAUGGUGAACUCAGUUUCUGAAAUUAAACAUUUUAUUUGCAAUUUUCUAGUGGUAGUCAACACUGCCUUUUAUUUUCAGAUGGAUUUCAGAUGACGGUUGAAUAAAAAUUAAUCGAUACAAUUGUAAUCGUAAAUAUACCACAGAACGUGCUACGUGAAAAGAUUGGUUUUCCAUUUAGCUCUUUGGACUUAAGACUGGAUUCUGGUUCUUUUCCUUUCACUCAAGCUACUCGAUCUCAGGAAAAUUUGUUGAAUUCUUUCCGAGGCGGCUUUGGUUUCCCCGUGAUGUUUCUCUAAACAUUUUAUGGUUUCAGGUAUUUCAAUUGUUAUUCCGUCAGUUGUGUUUAUACCUGUAUUAUUUAAGUAAAUUAUUAUAUAGCGUACUUGGGAAAAACUAAUACUGCAUUUUUUGUCUCCAGUAUUUUAAAAGUUAACUUUUAAUUUAAUUCUAUCAUCAGUCAGCAUUUCUUUGUUCUUCUAGGGUUAAAUGAGAACAGCACGUGUUGGGUUUUUUUCUGCAGUAAUAAAACAAUUUGUUCUAGUUUAUGUAUAGUUCAAACUGGGUGAGUUUGAAGCAGCUUAUUGGGAAACAUGUUUAAAUGGUUACUGGUUAAUUAUUAUCUCCGUUUCUGCCCCCUACGUUUUAACUGUGAACAUAACCUUGACCUUUGUAAAGGAGAUGUUUAAUCUCUCCAAACCAAUAGGGAGGGAGGUAGAGGAUGAAGAAACUUUUUUUUUUUUUUUCUUUUUAAACAAGUGAUAUAAUUUUCACUCAAGGCUCAAAUAUAAAUACAGCCUUUGGCUUAAAGCAUCACAGAGCCACACCGUACCAGCAGGAGUACUGGCAGUGAAGAAGCUUACCUGAAAAUCCCGGCUCUCUGGAAACGAGCAGCUUGACUCCUCCGAAGGCUCCUGUGUAACUCUCAUGUGGAAAGGUGAAGUGACGGCAUUUUGUAGCCCCUAAUUUGCAUCUUAUUCAUAUGGAUACUUAAUUGUAUAGCCAUGCUUUUUGUUAAAACUGUUCCUGAGAGCAUGAGAACUGGUCACUAUUUCUGAAAGUAAAUUUUUUUCAAUUAGUCUACUAUAUUUGUACCUGCAACUUCCUUUUUUUUCUUUUUUUUUUGGAAGGGCUUAGUUCUUAAGACCAGACUGUUUCAGUAUCAGCUUGGCUAAGAAUUAAAAAUUCCGUUAGAAUUUUUUUAAAGAUAACAUGCAGGCCCAAAAGGCCUUAAAACGAAACGUGAUUCUUAAGAACUUGAAUAAAAAAGGGAGAGACUGAAAGCACAAAGCUGCUGUUUUUUGGAUGUAAGCCUUGAUCCGUCUGUGGGAGUUCUGGGACCAUCUCCGUCUUCAGCUCAGGGCACUGCCGCCUCUGAGAAGAGAGUGGCUUCCACAGAAGGGCUGAAAGCUUUCCUUGAAGCACUAAGAGAAAACAAAUAAACAGAAUUUUGAACUUACAUUCUUGAGCACAUUUUAGCAGCCACUAUGUUGAAGACAGGGAAAGUAUAUAUGAUAAAACGCAGCUCUUUGUGCGGGAGAAACGAAUACAAGAAAAUAAAGCCCAGUGCUGGCAAAAGUAAUAUCCGAGUUCUCUUUUCUGCUACACCUAAAGAUAACUCCAGAAGAGAAAGGUGGAGAUGCUGCAGUGGGAGUUUGUUCCACAGUCUCAUGAGAAAGCUGUUUCCCUUGUAGAGACUCCGAAACCAGUGGAAGAGGAACCAUGAGGAUAAGAAAUUGCUCAGAAUACUUUAAUCUUUUAAGGUCGCCAGCGACUACGUCUGGACUUGGCGAGUGAAGGAUGAAUCCCCUUCGGCACCCACACCAUGUAAAACAGCCCAAAUCCCAUCCUUCACACUGCUACCCAGAAACAAAGGUCAUCUCUCCCUAGUGCUUUGCUUCACAACACUGUGCUGAGCCAUUCUUAAGGUAGUAUUUAUGAUGCAUUUUAUCAUGAUGAUAAAAAUCACAUGUCCAGGUGAUGCCAGAGCAAAUAAAGCAUAGGUAUAGUCAUGGGCAAACCACUAAUUUUUUUCUGGUUUCAGAUUAGAAACCAGUAAAAAAAAAAAGUUAUUUUCUGUGACCAUUUCCAGCAAAAAAGUGGUAAUCUAUUUCAUGUUCUUCUAAUUUAAGCUUCCCACUUUUUGUAAGUUUACAAUUUAAGAAAAGACGAGGGAUUUUGGUUAUUGCUAUUCUUGUUCUGUUCUCACAGAAACAGAACUUUAAAAAUAGCGCCUUUAAGGUAAAACUGAACUUUUGGUUAGAGAUGUUUUCUCCUGUAUUUUGUUCUAAAUAUGUCCACCAAAAAGAUCUAAUAUAGUUGGCAGAUUUUCUAGGAUCACUAAGCAGCUGCCCCCUAGAGGUACCUUUUCCUGAACUGACAUUUGUCCUGCUCAUUAGUAAAAAUAAAAAAAGAGUGAACUAAUGUUCCCUAUUGUCACAGCUAACACCAAUAAACCCCAAAAUUUGUAUACUUCCUGUAAAUUGCCUAAAUCUGCAUAUUAUUUUAUAUAUCUCACCGAUUGCAUUUUUUCUCAUGAUUGCUGCUGUUAUAGACUGUAACUGAAGCUCUAACCCUCAGCUCAAGACAAGAGAGUUCUGUGGUAGGUCCUUACGAUUUUUGGCUUGUUUUGCAAUGUUAAAAGCCUAAAUAAACACAACACCCCAGGAAGCAUGAAUACGUCUUUUUAACCCGUGCCUAGUAUUACUUCUUUAUGAGGACAGAUGAAAGGGGGUUAUGCUACGACAGAAUCCUUUUCCCAUAGCAGUAGUAGAAGAGGUAUGGGACUGCCAUCAGGAGCACUUCAAGGAGUGUUUGGUAGGAAUUAAGCCUCUGCACAGGCUAUUUAUUCUUGUCUCUAGAAAGCUCUCUUGCUGAAUUCUCCCAGUAAGUACAGAGGCAUCUCAAGGUUCUGACCAAAGUUACCCAAGAGAAAAAUGGACACUGUAGGAUCAAUCUACCACUGCAUAUGGCAACACAGGCGUUUGAGCAGCUUGCGUGUCACGUAGAGCAGCGUGUAAUAUACCAGUAAGGUGGGGAUUCCUCACUCCCAACUCCCAGCUUCUUAACAUUUCAGAUAUUUUAGGACACACUGAAUCCUUGUAAAAGAACCUAAGUGCCAAGAAGCUCUAUUUUUUCCUUCUUAACUAUAUCAGCUGUGUAAUAAAAAGAUACUACCUUCACCUACAAAUACGGCAUUCAUUAUACUCUGACCGCUCUACCAUAUAGCCUGCUCUUGACAGCUUUACCUGAUCACCACAUGAUUAAUCAAUCCGCAACUUCCUAAAUCAUCAGAAUGACAGCGAAGCUAAAUAUCCCAUACACAGUUUAACACAAAGCUUUUUUUUUUUUUUAAUCUCAUUGACUCCAAUCCUUUUGUAUGCCUGAAGAAAGUAAGCUUGCCAGCAUACUCAUACAUUUUGAAGAUAAUUAUCCGCAUUAUACAUACUGAAAUUCCCUGAAGGGAAAUGCUCUGGAAGAUAAAAAAAAAACAAAGCAUGAAGACAACAGCUAGGUUUCUGAGAUAAAGCCUAAUAAAUUUAGUGGGCUUGUCAAGACUCAAAAUAAAAUGCUCUGUCAAAACCCGAUGCUGACAAACCUCAAAAAUCAAGUGGGAUUUAUGAAGACAUAUACACUAGAUUUGAUGUUUACUACAAAUUUGCUAUAUAAAGGCAAAAUACUUGCAAUUACAACUUUUAUUUUUAAGUGCCAAAACCACAGAAACAGAUUUUCACUUAAUAAAAAUAUUUUAAUAAUGACGGUUAGAGGAAUGUCGUAGGCAAAUACAGAUAGUUUUACUCAUCAUUAACAUUCUGAUGACUUUAGAAGAAUCCUCCUCAGACCUGUACAACAUAGCCACAUUUACUCCCACCCCCAAUGUCUGCAUCAAGACUGAAUUAUAGGAGUGGAGAUUUUCAACACAAGGAAUUCCCCCUUGCUGGGAUUAAGCUGGGUGAAAAUAAAUUGUAUUCUCACAUUAAAAAAAGGCUGAAACACUUUUAUUGGAAAUCAUUUACUCUUUUCCUAUGGAGGUGUGGUUAGUUGCAAGAUUAUUCUUUUCCCCCAUGAAAAAUCUACCAAAUUUGUCUCUCAUGUUUACACUCUUUAGUGUAAGCAUGUCAGAGUUUGGCAGCCAAACUGCAUGUUGAAUCUGUCUACAGAGAUUGCAUUUCACUCCCUUGCAUGCUCUGUAUGGAAACACGUUGAGCAGAACCACACCAACGGCAUCCCACCAUGAAGCCCUGCCUCUUUGACUUCAUCUAGACUUGGUAAAACCUAUCUAUGAUUGUCCUGUAAGGACAGAGUAUGUCUAGAAGAGUGGGAACAGGACCUGAAGAAUCACAGAGCGGCUUGGGUCAGAGGGGACCCUAAAGACCAUCUAGAUCCAACCCCCUGCCAUGGACAGGGACACCUCCCACUAGACCAGGCUGCUCAUAAACCUACAUAAAGACUAAGGGACAAGUAUCUUAUGUUGUAUUAUCUUCAGUUUUCAUGGUUUUUUUUCUAUGCUUUAUAGCUCUUCCAACUUUGCUCUGCGGCUGACUUCUGAAUGAGGUCGUAUUUAAACCUUGUACCUGCUGGGAUUGCUUUUUCUUCUUUUUUAAGAAGGAACGGGGCAUUUGCUACCCUUAGAUACAUUUCCUGAUGAAUAUGGGGACUGGCUAAAAAAAAAGAAAUUAAGACAAAAUAUUAAAGCUGAGGCAGGCAAUGAAGCCUGGGACUGCACUGGCUACGAAGGUACUACUACGAAGACAACGCCACUCUUCGGAGUGGGGAAGAAACGCACGGAAU